GAUCCAGGCAAGAGCCGUGUGUGCGUGGCUCCGUACGUCUGCCCCGCCGCGUCAACGUCGGCGUCGUGGACGGGCGGCGCAAGCCAUCAUAUCGGAUGGAUGGCGCAGCCAGCUCACGCCACCCCUGGGUUGCGAGACGAUAUGAUCCAUCGACCGAUCGAUCAUCCUCUCUGGUCCAAUCCAACCAUAUAUCCGCCCGGCCGGAAGCGUCAAUCCGGCCGGCGCGAGCUAUAAAUACCGCGGCUCGGUCGCCUCUUCGUCGUCGUCGUCGUCGCAUCGCACGCACCAUCGUCCUGCCGAUCGAUCGCAGCCAGCCAGUCUUGCUGAGAGACGAACUGAAGCCUGAAGUGAACCGAUCGAUCGAUCGAUCGAGCGAGCGAGCUCCCAUGAAGGCGUUGAUUCUGGCGGCGGUGCUGCUGCUGCAGCACGGGGGAGCCGCGAGCGCCGGCGGCAACUUCUACCAGGACGUGGACAUCACCUGGGGCGACGGCCGCGGCAAGAUCCUCGACAACGGCCAGCUCCUGACGCUGUCCAUGGACAGGUCCUCCGGCUCGGGCUUCCAGUCCAAGGCCCAGUACCUCUACGGCCGCUUCGACAUGCAGCUCAAGCUCGUCCCGGGGGACUCCGCCGGCACCGUCGCCACCUUCUAUCUUUCGUCGCAGGGUUCGCAGCACGACGAGAUCGACUUCGAGUUCCUGGGGAACGCGAGCGGGGAGCCGUACACGGUGCACACGAACGUGUACAGCCAGGGGAAGGGCGGGCGGGAGCAGCAGUUCCGGAUGUGGUUCGACCCCACGGCGGCCUUCCACGCCUACUCCGUGCUGUGGAACCCCGCCCACGUCGUCUUCUACGUGGACGGCGUCCCCAUCCGGGAGUUCCGGCGCCGCGGCGACGGGACCGUGCCGUUCCCGACGUCGCAGCCGAUGCGGGUGUACGCCAGCGUGUGGGACGCGGAGGAGUGGGCCACGCAGGGGGGGCGCGUCCGGACCGACUGGUCCAAGGCGCCCUUCGUCGCGUCGUACCGCGGGUACGCCGCCGCCGGGUGCACCGCGCCGGACGCCGCCGCCUGCGCGCGCUCCAACGGCGCAUGGAUGUCGCAGGAGCUCGACAGCGCCGGCCAGGAGCAGCUCCGCCGGGCGCAGGCCAGCUACAUGAUCUACAACUACUGCACCGAUAAGUACCGGUUCCCGCAGGGCCCGCCGCCCGAGUGCUCGUCGCCGGCCAAGUAGUAGAUGAGUAGAAUUGAUCGGAUACAGAGAGCAAUCAAUUAAUUAAAUCGACCCGUCGCUUGGUUUUUGGUUUACACAUUGUACUACGGCAUAAGUUCGGCGGAUAUAUGUAUACGUAGACGGCUAGACGCCAUGCAUGUGUCUUGGCAUGUAUCGUAUUCGUAUAUAUCGUAAUUCGUAUGUACCUCAGUAUACCUGCAUCGUACAUUUACAUGCAUAUAUAUCUCCCUAUAUAUAAAUAUAUAUGGUUUUAUUACACGGGAA